AUGUCGGUCUAUUGCUUGACGGAACAUAUGCCGAGGGAGGAGCAGGAUUUAUAUCCUGAAGAGUUGGAACUGACCCAGGACGGUGUCCGAUUUCAAGAUCCUCGACAAAUCUCAGCCUACUUGUCAAGGUUAUUUGAUGACUUUUAUCGUGAGGCAAAGCGCUUGAAAAAGCAUUACGAAUCUCAAAUUACGCUAUGGAUUGGCGUCGAGAUUGACUGGAUCAGACCUUCUUCGCAAGAUUUCAUAGAGAGACUUCAAGAAUCAUAUCAAUUCGACUUACUGAUUGGCUCCGUUCACCACGUCAGGGCAAUCCCUAUCGAUUACUCUGCGGAUCUUUUCAAUACUGCUCUUCAAUUGUGUGGCGGUUCGAAAGAGACGCUCUUUGAAGACUACUUCGAUCUGCAGUACGAGAUGCUCCAAGCGCUCAAGCCGUCAUUUGUUGGCCAUUUCGAUUUGAUUCGUCUCAAGAGUAAUUUUCCCAAUGGAAGUCUCAUGGACUUCGCCGGUGUAUGGCAAAAGAUACAGAGGAAUCUCGAGUACGUAAAGCUGUACGGUGGCAUAUUAGAAAUCAACGCAGCGGGCCUGAGAAAGGGUCUGAAAGAACCCUAUCCCCAGAAGGAGAUAUGUCAGGAAUUCGCGGCGAUGGGCGGCCGUUUCACCCUAUCAGACGAUGCACAUGGGGUUGAUCAAGUUGGAACUAAUUUUUUGACCGCCGUCGCCUUCGCUGAGAGUGUACCAGUUCAUAAACUGGUUUUUCUCAGCAAUAGCGAUCGAAGAUCCAAUGGUCCGAACACGCCAGACCUCACCGAGAUUAGCAUGCACGAGCUCAAGACUCAUUCAUACUUUACGAAAUAG